AUGGCAUCCCAAAGACUCCUGGAGGUAAGUGGAGGUUGCCAUGGCCAGGGGACUUAACUCUAGAACCUAGAUCAAUGGUAUCACCAAGUUUGGCAAAGAGCUAUCCAAAGUCAAAGAAAGGGUUGAGCUUUGCCCAAGUUUUUGGAAGGGGAGUAGGAAUGCUGAAAAAGAAAAUUUAGUGUUCUAUAUUGCAGUCAAUUGAAUAUUAUUUUGAACAGAGGAUUCCUUCCGAUUUAUGUGAAUCUGGGAGCGGCUUCAUUUCUAUUUCUACACGCUGGAUGUUAUCUUUGUACUAUAGUUUGGAGGGAAAGGGAAAAACAGAAGAAGAAAAGAGAGGGUGAGCGGCUGGCCCAGUGGAGGGGAAGGGGGUGCUAGAUGGAACUGGUUUUUCUGCAGAGCUGAUGCAAGGAGCUCUGCUGCUCACCUGUCCACAGAGUCUAUCAUAGGGGAGGGCUGCUCCCAGGUGCAGGUGAGGGAAAGGCAGGAGGCCUGGCAGAGCUGUGCUCCUGGAGGAAGGACGGAUGAGAAACAGCGCCAUGGGCUCUGCUGAGACAGGCCAGCUCCCGCAGGCCUUGUCUCCCCCAGCUGGCAUCUGGCGGCAGCCAUUUCAUCAGGCUGCCUCAGUGGGAGAGAUGAGAACAGCAUUCUAGACCCAGGGGCCUGAGCUUGUGAGUUGUUUUUUCCUCUCCCCUCCUUGCACCCUUUCCUUGUGUGUUGUAUUUCCGUUGGUCAGAUUGUUUCUUACAAUAGAAGUCUGCGAUUAGGGAGUUUCUUGCAUUUGAUUUCAUGGAAGGCUCUCUUGGAGCCUUCUUGGCUUAGGAGAGCGGUACAAAUGCUCUAAAGGAAUGAAUGCAUGAAUAAGGUCUCUAAGGAAAUGGAGGACAGAGAUUUCCAGUUUGUUUCCCAACCUACCUUGCCUGCGCUUUCCUGAUCAACACAAAAACAUGAAUGGGUCUGAUCCAUUCUUCACAUUCUGAUGUUCCUGUUUCUCUUUUCUCUUUUCUUAUGGACAGGGAAUUGAUUUCGAUGAGGAUCAAAUCUCGGAAAUCAGUCUGAAAGAAGGGGAGGAUCUUCCUCUAAGGUAAUGCUGUGCUAAUCCCCUGCCCCCAUCAUCAAUUGUGAAAUAUACUCGGAGUCGAGAGUGGAUUUCAUGCUCUUUAUUCAGCUCAUAGUGGUGAGGAGGAAUGGAAGUUCCCCUGAAAUGUCUGCUUUAUAUACAUUAUUUACACAAUGGGCCCCAUGUGAUUGGCUAAUUCUGGGAUUCUCCUGUAGGCCAAUCAGGUUGCGGAUUCACUUCCACCUGGAGCUGGAUUGGGUGGCUCCUGUGGACCAAUCAGACUGUUGCAUUCUGAAUCCUAUUGAACUCAGUACAUAACAAAUUGCUUUCAAAAGCCACCACCCCCGUCCAUUUCUAUGGUGGUGGUACUAGGGGUCUUUGAAGGAUGGGAGGCAAUAAAACCUUUUGACACAAGUGCUACUCCUCUCUCCCCUCAGCAUCCCAACCACAGGUUCUCCAGAUGCGGCUGAUGUUCCUCCCGAAGGCUUCAGCAAGGACCAGCUGAAGGCCAGACUUAUGGAUGUCGUCACCACGAUGAAGAGUGGGAAGAAGAUGGUCCGAAGGAAGGCGCUCCGAGAUCUUUCUGACCUCCUGCAGAAGAUCCAGGAAUAUGUGAGUUACUGAAGCAAAGCAUUGCAACCAUGCAGGGCUGUCAAGGCUUUCAGGCUGUCGCUUCUAGGCCCACCCUGCAAGUUGCCCUAGGGACAAUCAGGCAUCCCGGCACAUACCCAAUUUUGAGAACAGAGCUGGGCCAUAGCAGAAUGAAUCCUAGUGAGUAAAACAGCUGAGAAAAGACCUAAAAAGCAAACAUCAGGAAAAGAGGGGUGGGAAGUAAAAAAGAAAUUGAUUUUUUUCUGUAUAGGAUGCUAAAUGUUUUGGAAUGUUUUGAAGAUUUAAUAAAAAUGUUUUAAUUAUCAGUUUUUAUCCAUCCAUUAUCCGUGUUUAAUCUUGUAUUUUAUUCAGAUGUUUUAUCCUAUGCUUGUUUCUUUGUCCUUACUUGCUCCAACAUUUAUCAGUUUAAAAAAAAUCCUAACUGCUAUUUUAUUUAUAUGUUUGUUUGUUUGUUUUUUAUCCUGGUCUGUGACCGUAAUAAAGUUUAAAAAAUAAAAUUAAAAUGUUGUAGGAAAAAUGGUGAUGGGUUGCUUCUCUUAUCAGUCCCUUCUCUGGGUUUCUUCUCAGCCAUCGGUAGCGCUUCCUGCAUCCUCCCUUGGCCAACUGGUGGCCAUUUCCUGUCUGUGCGCGUUGGAUCCAGACCCAGAGUGCAGACAGCGGGCAGCAGAGGCCCUCUGCCAUCUUCUGCCCAUCCUGCGGCGCAAAGAAGGUAAGACUGGAAGAAUGCAUCCCAGCAUGGGGUGGGAUGAGCAAGACCCGAACUAACCCUUUGGCUUUCCUUUGCAGAGACGCUGGCACGAAUGUCCAGGAACCAAACACUCAUCAUCAGAGCUCAGAAGGUCCUCAAUUCCACCAGAAGUCCGGUUCCUGCAUUGUUCAUCAAUGACUGCUACUCUCUUGCCAGGGUAAGUCGCUGUCACACAAGGCACAGCGGUCUCUCAAGCCUCAUGUUCUGGGUCCCACAGAGAAAGCACCUGGGCUUUCUGCUCCCCAGCCCUGCCCUGUGGGCAUCUCUGACCUUCCUCUCUUGCUUCAGGUCUUUGGCGCCUUUCUCCCUGCGGAGCAGCUCUUGGAGGCCGUGUGCUUCCUGGUCAGCAACCUGGUUCCUGAGAGCAGCUUCAGCCCCUUGGACAUCUCCCACCUGCUGCAAGAGUUCAUCAAGCAGUUUAGCGGCAAAGCAGAGGUAAGGUGUCUGCAGAGGUAGGAGAGAAGAAGAAUCUCCAUUUUGGUGUAGGGGAGGCAACCUCAUGCCAUUGAGUGGCCAGGGACACAUGUUUGUUGAGAGGGGCCUGGCAAUGUCAGGACAAGAAGCUCAGCCAAGGGUCCUGAGAAACAUGGGUUCAAGACUGGGGAAUCCUCCUCCUUCUGGGAGCAGACGGGCAAGCUUCUUCUCUUGGCCCACAAUGGAGAGGGAAACUGGUUUCCUGGAGCUGCCUGGGUCCAGUACUCCCAAGGACCCUGAGUGGUACCUUUGAAGGAAGAUGGCUGUGGUGGCACAGGUCAAGGGUCCCUCUUUCGAUGAGGGAUGGAGGGAUCUGCCUGCAGACAGCCCCACUUCCUUGUACUCUCUAAGCAACCCUCUCCUUUUCUCUGACAGGUGGAGGUGCUGAUGGAGGCCUUCUACAAAUUCACUCAGGGGCCUACAGUGGAGGGCAGAAACAUGGCCGUCUUCGCUUUCUCCAUCUUGUCACACCACUGCCUGGAGAAAGUGGUUGAAUACCUCCUCCAAUUUCCCUUCGGGUAUGGAGCCCUCCAGGUUCUACUGGGCUAAGGGAAAGGUUGGCAAGCUUCAGGGCUCACUCAGAAAGCCCUUGCUGCCAUUUCCACUCUCUGGGGCAGGGCAGCAAGCAGAAGACUUGAAUUUGAGCAUUGGUCUUGUUUUUGCAUUCACAGAGGCUGCCAGAGAAUAUGGAAGGAGGUUUUGGCAUCGGCUGACCAAGAACAACUGCUCCAUCUCAUGGCCGAGCAGCUUUACCAAAGCCCCUUGAAGGAAUCUGCCACCCAAGUGGUAAGGACGAACCACCUGCUUUCUGGCUUCCUUCUUCCCAGGGUGAUAUCGAGGGGUUUCUGUAUUCUGCACAAAAGCAGGGAAAGUGACUUGCACCUCUCUCUCUUCCAGGAACAUCUCACCAGCCUGUUGCACACCAUCUUCAGGAUGGAGGAAUACAAGGCAGCUGUGUGCUGGAACUUCCCACAGCUGCUGAUCGCUCUCCUGGGGAUGGUUGUCAACUUCCACUACGACCAGGAAUUCCUCGGGUGA